AUGGCGGAGAAGAGCACACCUCGUCUGUAAAGGUGAAAAUAUUACCCAGAAAAAUCAUCCGAAAAGAAGUAUCAUCCAAAACUUCUCAGGUAAAAAUUUAAAUCGAUAGUUAUUAAAUUUGCGUUUGUGUUAUAUAUUUAAUAUAAUAUAAGAUAAUAAUAUAAGAUAAAAUUUGUACUUUUGGCUACACACACACUUCUAUUGUAACAUUUUCUACUCAUUUAUUGAUCCUUUAAUUUAAUACUGUGCAAUUCUUAACAAUUUAUUUAUAAAUAUUAAAUUCAAUAAUUAUUAAAAAUGUACGUAUUUAAUAGUUAAAAUAACAAUUUUACUGCGUAAUAUAAUAAAAUUUUUCAUUUCUCAAAUAAAAUAAGGAAUAGAAGGUCUUAAUAUAUAUAAUAAGGAAUUAUAUAAAAUAAGGAAUAGAAGUACGAAAUUCGAAACAACACAUGGACUUUUAAGUAUAAAUUCUAAUGUUUAAUGUUUUGUUAUAGAUCUUCUGCAGUCUCUAAUCUUCCCCUAAUUUGCCAAAAAUCUUAUGAUGCUUCAAAAGCUAAGAAUGUAAGUACUUUAAUAUAUUGUAUUUGAAUUAAUUCUAUUCUCUAUAAUUCUUUUUCUAUUUAAUCGAAUGUAAAAUUAUAACUAUAAAAUAAAAAUAGUUCAAGUUAUCAGUCCCAAUUUUUAUCAUUAUUAAAAUUUAAAUUUUCACAAAUAACACUUUAUCUCUAGGAACAAAAUGUUUUAUAUUUUUUCAGCAAUUUUUCACGCGUCACUUCCACCAUGAGAUUCUCAGUGGUAUCUACUCGAUAAGAGUCUUCACUUUCCCUGCUCCAGUGCAGCAUGAUGACGUUCUUCACAUCUAUCCGGUGAGUCGCAUGCAUUAUGUUCCUCCGGUCACUCAAUCAUGUCGUAGGACAAAAGGUCCGAAUUGGCACGGAUGA